ACAACAUCAAAUCGCAUCACCACGAUCCUCUUCCGCUUCCCAGCCAUUGACACCCCUGGUAGUCGUCUAGGACUUCAGCAAUCAGCAUGCCUUUUCCUACUCCGGUCCUCAGGGCAGGUGCCUACCCCUCGUACAAGAGCCCCUAUGGCCCGAAGUACCACUACCAGCCAAAUGUCGCUGGGAUCACCUCGAAGCAACUCUUCAGAUACGGACUGAACGCUGGUGCGUUCGGAGGCGUUGCCCUGGUCGGCGUCCUCUACUACGCCUCGGGCAUUCCCAGAAUACAACAGGAUAUCCUCCAGAAAAUUCCGUUCCUUAGAGGCUAUUUCAUCCAUGAGAUCCCGGCAUCGGACAACCCAUUCUAAGUCUGGCCCGCAUCUCGCGACCAGAAGCCGUUUUAGAAGAUGGGUAGUUGGAGAAGAGAGUGGGGGUAAUGCUCAUGCUCUUGAGCAAGUAGUGCUCUUGAGCAUGUUUGACGACAAUGGCGUGUAUAAAAGCAGCAUAAUAUAGACCUGAAGCCAUUCAACCCCUGAUAUCAGACAUUGCCUGUUC